AUGGACACGGCUCUAGAUCUGUCCGAUGCCUCGAAGGCUCUGGAUCUUGAUAACAUUCGUUUCCAGUUGAUCCGGCUCGAGGAUACCAUCACAUUCCAUCUCAUUGAAAGAGUGCAGUUUCCUCUGAAUGCGACCAUCUACGAUCUUACUGCUCUACCAAUUCCUACCACGAAUUUCGCACUUCCUCCAAACAUCUCCCUCCUGGACUAUCUCCUAUCCGAGACGGAACGUCUGCAUUCAACAGUCCGUCGUUACGAUGCCCCAGACGAGUAUCCCUUCUUCCCACAAGUCUUACAGCGACCCAUGCUCCAAGCCAUAAAAUACCCCAGAAUCCUUCAUGACAAUGAUGUCAACGUCAACCAGAUGAUCAAAGAGAAGUACAUCAAGGAAGUUCUGCCGGAAGCUUGUCGAAAUUUUGGACGUGAAGAUCGUGGAGAGACGAAGGAGAAUUAUGGUAGUGCGGCCACCUGUGAUGUGGCUUGUCUGCAGGCUUUGAGCAGACGGAUACAUUUCGGCAAGUUUGUUGCCGAGAGCAAGUUCCAACAAGAGACCGACAGAUUUGCGAAGCUUAUCAAAGCUGAAGACCGCGUGGGCAUUGAUAUCGCCAUCACGAAUGCGAAGGUCGAGCAACAGGUGCUCGAGCGACUGCGACUGAAAGCCAAGACCUAUGGAAAGGACCCCUCCCUCAACUCGAACGGCACUGUCGGCGGCGACGAAAAGAUAAAUGUGGAGGCCGUUGUGAAGAUGUACGCCCAGGUGGUCAUUCCUCUGACCAAAGUGGUCGAAGUCGAAUACCUCAUGCAAAGACUCAAGGGCACUCAGUGGGAAUGA